GGGUUUGGUGAAGCUGUGGAGCUCCCUCACUCUGCUGGGCUCCUACCAAAACCAGGCCUGCGCCUUCAGAGUGCUGCAGGUGUCUCCGUACCUGCUCGCUCUGACAGGAAACAGUCGUGAGCUUCAGCUGGACUGAAGGUCGUUUUUUUCAGGAUGAGUUUCAUGUGGAGCAGUAUCUUCAAUAAACCGCGGCUGCGCCUCUCUCCUGCCUGCUGCCGGCUGCUCCACAUCGGCCAGCGAGCCUCCCUCACCAAAGCGUUCUCCUCCCGCGACGUGGAGCUGUUCGCCGAGCUUACAGGCGACACCAACCCCCUCCACCUGGACCCGGCCUACGCCAGCACCACCUCCUUCGAGACGCCCAUAGUCCACGGCGUCCUCAUCAACGGCCUGAUCUCGGCCGUGCUCGGCACCAGGAUGCCCGGCCGCGGCUGCGUCUUCCUGUACCAGGAGAUCCGCUUCCCGGCGCCGCUCUACAUCGGCGAGGAGGUGCUGGCCGAAGCCGAGGUCCGCAAGAUCAAGAUGUCGUUUGCGUUCAUCGCUGUGACGUGUUCAGUCAAGGACAAGGUGGUGAUGGAGGGGGAGGUGAUGGUGAUGAUGCCCGAGGAGCAGCAGACAAAGGAGUGAGGCGAGGAGCAGGAGGAGCAGGAGGAGGAAGAGG